AUGUCAAUACGUAUUGUAAACUCUAUUUACCAGGGCCCACCUCAGCCAGGUCAGCCGUUUAAAUUCACAAUUGGAGAAUCCUGUGAUAGAAUUAAAGAAGAAUUUAACUUUUUGCAGGCCCAGUACCACAAUUUAAAAUUGGAGUGUGAAAAAUUAGCAAGUGAAAAAAUAGAAAUUCAAAGGCAUUAUGUUAUGUAUUAUGAAAUGUCUUAUGGAUUAAAUGUAGAAAUGCACCAACAGACUGAAAUAGCUAAAAGAUUAAAUGCAAUAAUUGCUCAGAUAUUACCAUUCCUUUCUCAAGAGCAUCAACAGCAGGUAGCAACAGCAGUAGAAAGAGCGAAGCAAGUUACGAUGACUGAACUUAACGCCAUAAUCGGGCAACAAAUGCACGCCCAGCAACUGCCGCAUGCUGCCCAUGCUCCGCCCAUUCCAAUGAUGCCUCAUCCGGGACUUCCGGGGCCUCCGAGUGCUGGAGCAGGAAUUCUCGGAGCUCUCGGGGGCCCGACACCACAUCCUCUCAGCAUAUUAGCUUCUAAACCAGACAUUAAUUCGGAUCACGUAAAAUACAAUAGUGGCCUGAAUUCUUCAGAUGAACGGCAUAGGAAUUCGAUUUCUCCUGCUGAACGGGAAAAAUACAGACCAAGAAGCCCAGCUGAACCUGAUAUAAAAAAAUUAAAAAAAGAGGAGAAAGAUGGACAUGGAAGUGAUGGAGAGAAAAGCGAUCAAGACUUAGUUGUAGACGAUCAAAGUGAAGAUCCUGUAUCUCCACAUAAUGGUACAGCUUCACCUAGAGAAAAUGGUUUAGAUAAAUUAGCACCUAAAAAAGAACAUGCUGGACCACAUAGCCCUAGAAGUGGUACCUCAUCUAAUGCUAGUACACCUUCUACGAAAAAAAUUGAUAAUGAAAAACCGACGACACCAAUUUCAAAAUCUGUCACACCCACAAGUGGGGGUAGCGCUAAUAGUGUUUCUGGAGUUAGCGGUAUGAAAUCGGCGACCAAGCCUCCUUCAUUAGCCGGUUACCCUCAUUAUUUAGCGGGUGCUCCUACUCACGAUUUAGCUCAGGCAGGAGCUUACGGUGCAUUACAUAAUAACCUUCCUCCAGCUCUCAAUAACUAUCCCAGACCAUCACUCGUUGGCUAUGAUCCACAAGUUCCCCAAGUUGCUCAUAUGAGAGCUCCCUUAAAUCCCGCGUUGGGAGGAAUACCAGGCGGGAAACCAGCUUAUUCGUUUCACGUUUCUGCCGACGGACAAAUGCAACCAGUGCCAUUUCCACCAGAUGCCCUAAUUGGUCCAGGAAUUCCACGACACGCCAGACAAAUUAACACCCUAAGUCACGGGGAAGUUGUGUGUGCCGUUACUAUAUCUAAUCCUACAAAAUACGUUUACACAGGCGGGAAGGGUUGUGUCAAAGUCUGGGAUAUAAGUCAACCAGGAAGUAAAAGUGCGGUAUCUCAACUCGAUUGUCUGCAAAGAGAUAAUUACAUUAGAUCUGUUAAAUUAUUACCGGACGGGCGAACUCUAAUUGUGGGAGGGGAAGCAAGUAAUUUGAGUAUAUGGGAUUUGGCAUCACCUACUCCAAGGAUCAAAGCCGAAUUGACAUCAAGUGCUCCGGCAUGUUAUGCCCUUGCCAUCAGUCCAGAUUCUAAGGUAUGCUUUAGUUGUUGCUCUGAUGGAAAUAUAGCUGUCUGGGAUCUACAUAAUCAAACAUUAGUGAGACAAUUUCAAGGUCACACCGAUGGUGCAUCUUGCAUUGAUAUUUCGGCCGAUGGUACAAAGCUAUGGACCGGCGGGUUGGACAAUACAGUAAGAUCUUGGGACUUGAGAGAAGGAAGACAACUUCAGCAACACGACUUCACUUCACAGAUAUUUUCAUUAGGAUAUUGUCCCACUGGUGAAUGGCUAGCCGUCGGAAUGGAAAAUUCAAAUGUUGAAGUUUUACACGCGACAAAACCUGAUAAAUAUCAACUUCAUUUGCACGAAUCUUGUGUUCUGUCUUUAAGAUUUGCUGCUUGUGGAAAAUGGUUUGUGUCAACUGGAAAAGACAAUUUACUCAAUGCCUGGAGAACACCAUACGGAGCAUCAAUAUUUCAAUCAAAAGAAUCAUCAUCCGUCCUAAGUUGUGACAUCUCUGCUGAUGAUAAAUAUAUAGUCACGGGAUCAGGAGAUAAAAAAGCAACUGUUUACGAAGUUAUGUAUUGA